AUGAUGCUUGGCGGAAAGGAGGUGACGAUUGCGCGGCUGGCGAUCCAGACGGUGCUGCCAACAUCCCUCGGCCCCUUUGAGGAGUGGUGGGAGCGUAUCCUUGUCUCUGCCAAGACGGGUUUCAACACCAUCCACUUCUGCCCGCUGCAGGAGAUGGGAGGCAGCCGCUCGCCGUACUCCAUCCGCGAUCAGACCAAACUCGAGCCCUCCAUCUUUGGCAGCGACGCGGGAAAAGCAAAAGAAAACUUACGCGACUUUCUGUUGCGUGCAGGCAAACCCGAGAACAAGGGAGGCAUGGGCCUCUUCUUCAUCAUUGAUGCGGUGUACAACCACACGUCAAAGGACACACCCUGGCUGCUGGACCAUCCCGAGGCAUGCUACUCCCUCACCACCGCCCCGCACCUCCAGCCGGCGUUUGUCCUCGACCAGGCCAUCUGGCUGUUCUCCAAGCGCGUUGGUGCGGGCGCCAUUGAGCACAAGGGGCGCACGGUCCCUGCGGAUGUGAAGACGGAGGAGGACGUGCACUUUGUCCUCGAUGCGUUCUUCGCACACACGCACGAGGCGCUGAAGCUGUGGGAGUUCUUCGUUGUCGAUGUUGACGCGGCAAUUGCGGAUAUGAAGACGGCGUUUGCCCGCGCAAAGCCAGACUCCACAGGCCAGCCUCUUGAUGAAUCACUCGUGCACACACGAACGGGCGGCGGACGAUUUUCCGCUCGCAUCCGCGCGGACACAUGUGCCGCUGUGCUGAAGGGCCUGGGAUUCCGUGACCAGGACAAGGCCGCGAAAGAGCUCAAGUCGUUCCUGGAAGAGUACAACUUGAAGCUCUACAAGCAGCUGGAUGAGGACAUGGCUGCGGCGCGAACGGCAAUGAAGCACACGAUUGUGUGGGAGCGCGUGAACCCUCGUGGACCUCAGAAGGGGCGGAUCACCGCCCAGGAGCCGCUCGUGUACCUCUACUUUGCAAACGUCAGCAAGGACAGGCAGGACGAGUGGUCCGAUUUCGCCACGUGUCCGCUGACGACGGUUGAUCCCAAGUAUAUCCUCGCCUGCAACGGGUGGGUGUGGAACAUGGAUCCAGCGAAAGAUUUCGUGAGCAAGGAGAAGCGGAGCUAUCUUCGCCGCGAAGUUAUCAUCUGGGGAGACAGCGUGAAGCUCCGAUACGGUGACAGCCCCGAUGACAAUCCCUGGCUCUGGAACCAUAUGUGCUCAUACACGCGCGAGCUUGCUUCGAUGUUUGGAGGGCUUCGCAUCGACAACUGCCACUCCACGCCUAAACAUGUUGGACAGGCAAUGAUGGACGCUGCUCGCGCCGUCAACCCAGACAUUCUCGUGUUGGCUGAGCUGUUCACGCAGAGCGAGGAGACGGACAUUGAGUACACAAACACUCUCGGCAUCACGAGCUUGCUGCUCGAGUGCAUGUCCACCCACUCUGCUGGCGACUACAGCGCAAUGCUGCACCGUUACGGCGGUGUACCCGUUGGAUCAUUCUCUGCCCUUCCCCAUCGCCCGCUUCCACUCGUGCACACGCACCCGCGCGCAACGCUCCUCGCCGCCUCCCACGACAACGAAUUCCCGGCAACAAAGGUGUGGCGGAGCGAUCUGCCGCUGAUUGCAUUGGCGGCGAUGAUUCAUAACGGCAUCGGCAGCACCCGCUGCUUUGAAGAGCUCCUCCAGCAAAACUUGGCCGUUGUCAACGAGAAGCGCAAGUAUCGUCCGUGGGUGGAGGACGCAGGCAAAGAUUCGCUGGAGGGCGUGAGCGACCGGACCGGUAUCAUCGCCGCUGUCAGGCGCAUGAACACGAUCCACCGACAGCUGGCUGCAAAGGGCUUCACAGAGAUCUACAUCGACCACAUUGACGCCCACUGCGUGUCCGCCACGCGCAGAAACCCGGACACACUGGAAGAAGUGACCACCUUUGCGUACAUGGUGUACCGGGGCCACGACAUUUCGACUGGAGAGAAGACGAUUGGACCGUUCAAGCGCUCGGGCGAAAUCUCGCGCGUGCUCCUCAACGCAUUUCCAAACGCAUACCACGUCGAGUAUACGCGGUGCGAGCGCGCUGCUGUUGGCGGAACGGUCUCGUAUUCCAUCAGGGAGGACGUCGAUCCCGCUGCCGUCAAAUCGCUCCUCAUCGGCGGUGGUGGCGCUGACCUGUGGUACCGGCUGCGCAUGCGACCAGGCGAGGUGAUCUGCUUUGAGGUGACGCCGGACAAGUCUGCACUCGACCACCACACCGCUGUCGCCCGCGCCAUCCGCACUUUUGGUCGGCCCAACGCUGGUGAUCAUGAUGAGGGCGAUGACCAUGCUGGGGCGCUGGCGGCGAUGACAGCGGUGGAUAUGAACCACGCCCUCUUUCGCUGCAUCCGCGAGAACGAGACCGCUGCAUACCGGGGCGAUGGGGUGUAUGACGUACCUGGGUACGGGCCCCUCAAGUAUGCGGGCAUUGCCGGCGUCGUUCCGCUCAUCGAAACCGUCGUGUCCCAGAACGAUCUUGGCCACGCGCUGUGCAACAACGUGCGCGCGGGCGACUGGCUGCUCGGGUACAUCGCCGCACACAUGCACAAGCGCGCCGGGACGCGAUUUCUCGGCGAGGCACUGGACGGUAUCAUCGCCCGCUACAAACACAUCCCAACAAACGCAAAGCCGGAGGUCUUUGCACAGAUUGUGUCCCACGUGUACAGCGCGCUGCGGCGGACAGCAGUGAAGCGGCUGCUGGACACGACGACGCUGACAGAGGGAUUUGGUCGCGAUCUCGCUGUUGCCGCACUGCAGUUUUACGGCACCGAUGCAGCGUUUCUCAUGCCAGAGGGUGGUGAGGUUGUUUCUAUGAGUGCAGGGCUUCCGCACUUUGCUGCCGGCUGGAUGCGAUGCUGGGGCAGGGACACGUUCCUCGCACUGCGCGGAUGUCUGCUCAUCCCAAAACUCUUUGACGAGGCGAAGCACCUCAUACUCGCCUUUGCUCGCGUUGUGCGGCACGGGCUGGUGCCGAAUCUGUUUGACAACGGCAACAACCCGCGCUACAACUGCCGGGACGCAACCUGGUUCUUCCUGCAGAGCAUCAAGGACGUGGUUGGCAGCACGCAUCGGUACACGGACUAUCAACUGCGGCCCAAUGUCGCCAUCGCCAUGACCGUCGCGCCAGAUCUGUUCACGCCUGCGCGCGCCAACCAUCACCUCGACAUCUGUGAUCAAUUCCUCGUUGGCGGAAUGGGAAUGCGCACACUCGAUCCACAUGACUGGAAUUAUCGUCCAAACUACGUCAACUCCUACGAUGGGCCGGACAAGGCGAUCGCAAAGGGGUGGAACUAUCACCAGGGCCCCGAGUGGCUGUGGCCGGUUGGCUUCCACUUCCGCGCCCGACUCAAGUUUGCAAAGGAGCGCGGAAAAGCGAUCCACCAGGCAAACCGCUACCUUGCUCGCCACGAAGCCCACAUCCAGCGCACCCCUUGGAUGGGCCUGCCUGAGCUGUUCAAUGAGAACGGAAGCGAAUGCCCCGACAGCUGUCCGACCCAGGCUUGGAGCAUCGGGUGCCUGAUUGAACUGCUGCACGACAUCCACGAGCAGCGCAGCAGCAUCAGCGUGUAACACCAACCGACCAUGCACCCCCCCCCCCAUGAACCAACAACCAUGUUACCUGCUCUUGUGCAUUCUUGUGCAUGUGGCAUUGGCCCCUCCUUCCCUUUUCCUCCCAACCACGGCACACAUGCUGAGAGAUUGAAGGCUUGCUUUGACGGAACUUGGCUUUGCUUCGACUUGCUACGACUUGUUACGACUUGCUACGACUUGCUUGUCUGACUUACUCCCGUGCUCGCUGGCCUCCGCUUGCUCGCCUUUCCGUUAUGUUCUGCUUGUUGUUGUACGUUACUUGUUGUCCCUUUCGUUGCCUCUGUGCCACGGCGCUCACGCUGCUGUUGCGUUUCAAUACACACAAGCGAACCGUG